AUGGCUAAGGCUGUAGCAUCAGGCAUGACCAAAUUGAAGAUCGAGGAAGCGGCUGCCAAGAAACAAGCUCGUAUCGAUGCAGGAAAGGACAUUAUUGUCGGUGUAAAUAAGUAUCGUCUAGCUGAGGAAGCGAAGGUCGAUGUAUUGGUCGUCGAUAACCAGAAAGUACGUGAACAGCAAAUCGCCAAACUGAAGCAGAUCCGUGCGACAAGGGACCCGGAAAGGGCCAAAGCAGCACUGGCGGCCAUUACUGAGGGAGCUGCUACCAAAGCAAAUCUUAUGGACUUGGCUGUAGAAGCGUCUCGGGCAAGAUGUACUGUUGGCGAAAUUAGCGAUGCCAUGGAAAAGGUUUUUACUCGCUAUGCUGCCGUCAACAAAAUGGUGUCAGGUGCUUACAAAUCGGAAUUCGGCCAGAGCGAUGAGUUGACCAAGGUGGUACCAGGUGAUCCCAUUCUUUGGAUUACAUUGCUCUAUUGGCGAUUUCCA